AUGGGAAUUGCAGCAGGAGGAGUGAUGGUUGCAGAAACAGAAACAAAAACAACAAUUUUGCCGCCGCAGCAGCAGCAGCAGCAAAAGCAGCAGCAGCAGCAGCAGCAGCAGCAGGAUACAACUCAACAGCAGAUACAGCAGCAACAAGUGCAGCAGCAGCAGCAGCAGCAGCAACAGCAGCAAGUGGAACAGCAGCAGAGAAAACAGCAACAAAUGCAAAUAAAAAAAAACGAUAGAAAACAAAUAAACAACGCAAAGACAAAGACAAAGAUAAGUAUAUAA